AUGGCGGGAGACUCAGCACCGAUAUGCAUUAUACGGCCUUACAGGAAAGGAGACGAGGACACCAUAAGAGAUAUAAUGACAGAGGCCACAAUGGAAACAGUUGGGGAGUUCUUCUGGUCGGCUGUUAUGUCUGAGGUCUUCCCACAGAUUGUUAAAGUAGGAGCUUCUUCAUCAUUCUUUGCCAAAGUACAGAUAGGUUGCUCUUUUGUUAUUGCAUUUGCUUUCAUUGGACUGGGGGUGCCCUUUUAUUUUUGCCUGUUCGGCAUCCCAGUUGCAGUGGGUGUGAUAUACGGCGUGAUUUGGUCGGCUCAUUUAUUCAAGGUUGAGUAUGAUUUUCUUUCCGAAGAAGAAUUCCACAUGAGAAAUAUAAACUUGGAUGGCUUCAGGAAACAUCUAGUUGGGACAGUUGCCAUCACCAAGUCACAGAGAGGAGGACUCAGGGCUUGGCUGAGACGCAUGGCAGUGAGGAAGGCUUACAGGCGCCGGGGAAUUGCCAUGCAACUCCUAGAGCAGGCCAUCCAGUUCUGCACAGACAGGUGCCAUGAGGGGAUUGAACUCAUCACAACGGAAUGCCACUAUAAGGCACGUGAGCUGUAUUACAAGAGAGGUUUUACAGCAGAGCACACCUAUUACAAGUACUAUUUCAAUGUGCGACAGCCAAUGUACCUCUUCGCAAUGCCUUUGAAGCCCCCAAAGCAAAUCUUGCUGAAGUAUCAACUAUGUAGAGCAUAAUCCUGUUGUUGAUUAUGCUUGCUGACAUGUAUGGAAUCAUAAUGAAUUUUUUAUACACAUUUUGAUCUUCCAAGAUGAUUGACACCAUUUACGAUAAACAAUUAAUUUUUGAACAAGAAUGCUUGUUAGGGAUAUCUGUUAGUGCCUUAUAUUGUUUUGUUAUAAAAUAGUUCCUAAAUUUUCAGUGAGGAAGCAUUCAGGGUGAUAUGCAGCUGUA